UCUACACUGGCUGCAGAGGAAUGCUACUAGUAGCCCGACCUGUAGAUAGCUAGGCUAACUAGCCACAACAAUCGGAUGUUUUGGUGACAAGUGUGGCUCAGGUGUCGUAUUUAUAAAAAAAGUAUUCCCCACAGUGGUAUCUAGCUAGCCAAGUAAAAGUUAGCAAGCAAAUGAAACUGGAUGUGGGGGCUAAGGAAUCACCCAGGAAUACUCACCCAGUUUUCGGGCGCAUUGGUGAGCUUUGGUUUCUUGUUCGAGUUGCCAGACGUCUCCAUGGCCCUGAUGUCGUAAAAGCUUCGCCCACUCUACAGUAUACUGUUUGUACAAACUAGUAAACAAAUAACGUAAUCGUUACACCUAUCUUUUCCAGACAGUUAAAUGAAUGGACGAAGCCGAUAGCGGAACCGUGGAAGCUAUGACGACCAGACCGGGGUCUCGAAAUUAGUCGGAAGUGAUGUGUACGUCUACCGGCGAAUAUCUGUUCUUGAGAACUGAUUCGGGAUCAGAUAUCCGCCUAAUGUGAACGCACUCCAAUGUAUCGUUUGUCGAUAAGAUCACGAGUCUUAUGACGUUAUUGUAUUGAUUCAUGCAACAAGAUUAAAUGAAGGUACAUUUUCACCUCCAACCCAACCUCUGGUGACUGCAACAUGAACACGACCAUAUGGGAUUUGUGGUAGUUUGUAAUCGUGUACUGCCAGCAGAUGUAUAACCACCCCACAUCAAAGGUUCAGUACUUAUUCAUUGCCAAGACCAAAGGGGUAACAUCAACCCUUCAGAUUAUAGUGUAGACCCUGUGUGUUUUGUGUAGUUAGUAGAUAGCAAAAAUAUUUAAUAAGGUUAAUUUAGAAUGAUUUAAAUGCUAACAUUUAGCCUAGUAAUGCGAAGGAAUCUAUCGGGAGGAAUGACAGAGGUUGAAUGGCUUCCUAUAUAGGCCAUCAUAAGGUAAUGUACAUUUUACACAAAGAUUGAUCCUUCUUCAAAUCAUUGCUGCGGUAACAAAGUGGCAGAUAUAAUUGCACCGUUUCAUAGCUUAUGGGAGCUACAUUUGUUCAAGCCUAUCCAACCGGGCGAGACCUUGGAGGUGGAACGGGACCUGUGUGCGUGUCUACCAGGAUGGGAGGAGCGGAGCGCACGCCAAGAGAGCGCGCUCGCUCCCUCCGAUGUAAACAUCAGUAGCAGGAGCGUCUGGGCUCGAGAGCGGAGAAGGAGGCUGCGGGGUGCAACUGGAGAAGGUCUCCUUGACGACAGGAGUACGACGACAACAACAACUUUGGUGCAAUCUGGCCCAGAGGAGAAGCCAGUGAAGAAACGUCAUCAAAUCACUUCCUGCUUCUGGUGAACGAGAGAGCUCAUUGGCUGGCACGGUGUGUGGGUGUGGACCGGACAGUCUGGGCUCGCAUGGCAUCCCCAGAGCUUCCAGGAGAGAGAGCCCCUGGCUCCGCCCAGCUGGACCAGGGCACCCCGGGCAGAGAUGGCGUGGGCGUGGGUGGUGGUGGGUGUCGUGGCUGCGCAGCUAGCAGCGCCCAGCCCAACGGCGCCAAGCCGUGUCCCGCACACAAACCUGGCGGCGACGACAGCGGCCGGCCGGGCCGCCACGCGGCGAGUGGGCUCCGUAAGGCGCUGGGACGCCACCGGGACUACGUCAAGAUCUCCGUACCGGACGCCAAGGCCGGCCGGCCGCCCCCCAUGGAGUGGUGGAAGACCGGGUUGGCGUUCCUGUAUGCCGUGUUCAACCUGGUGCUGACCACCGUGGUCAUCACCGUGGUGCACGAGCGCGUGCCCGCCAAGGAGAGCAGCCCGCCGCUGCCAGAUAAGUUCUUCGACUACGUGGACCGGGUGAAGUGGGCGUUCACGGUGACGGAGGUGAACGGGAUGGUGCUGGUGGGCAUCUGGGGGGUGCAGCUGCUUUUCCACAGAUACAGGGCGAUCGCGGGCCGGCGUUUCCUGUUCCUGAUCGGGACGUUGUACCUGUACCGCUGCGUGACCAUGUACAUCACCACGCUGCCGGUACCGGGCAUGCACAUGACCUGCGCUCCCAAGCUGCAUGGAGACUCCCAGGCUAAGAUGCAGCGAGUCCUGCAGCUGAUCUCCGGAGGCGGUCUCUCCAUCACAGGGUCUCACCUCAUGUGUGGAGACUUCCUGUACAGUGGACACACCGUCAUGCUCACACUCACCUACCUGUUCAUUAAGGAGUCUUUGGAACCAAACUUGAGCCAAGCCCUCAGGUGCUCUCCCAACAACUACCUCACCCACACCUGGUGGAACCCCGUGUUCAACUUCUUUGAGCGUAACGUCCAGACGCAGGUUCCGUGUUCCUACAGCUGGCCCGUCUCCUGGCCGCCCGCCUGCCUCAAGAACCCCUGCAAGAAGUACUCCAUGGUGCAGAGCACCCGGGAGGAGUGAUGUGUCAAACCAAACACCCCCCCCUGUGGUCACGACACGUUGGCCUGUUCAGUCGGACGCGAGCCCUGUGAGAUCGGCUGGUCUAAAUACAUCUUGUUGGGUAUAUAGUUUGUAAAUGUUUGUUUUGCUCCUGAGUUGAUGCGUGUGGGGCUGCUGUUCCUUUGAAGUCAUUGUACUGGGUAGACAUAAAUCAAGCGAGCCCUAAGUGUUUGACAGUGUUUUUGAGCCCCGUGAUAUCAUCCUGGUAGGUUGACCACACAGAUCUCUCCAGGUAUUCACCGUCAGUGUUGCUUCAACCUACUACAACAUAUUAUUUAGUCAGUGUUUUUUUACGGAGACCAAAAAUGACGGUCGACCACGUUGAACAAGACACCAUAUCUGCCUCUGUUCAUGAUAGUGACUAUGCGACAAAGAAUAUUAUUCAUUUGUAUUACAAGUUUGUGAAGAAAUUGUGGUAUUGGAGAAGAUAGGCUAGUAUUUGAUAUUAUUUUAAAAAUUACUAAAAUAUUAGGUCCAAGUGACAAUUAUUUAUCGAAUACCAUUCCUACAUUAACAUAUGAAGAAAAGUUGGCCUUUUGUUGCUUCAAUGUGUAUUUUUAUACUUGUGAAAAAUGGUACUCUUACAAAAUGUUUUGACUUUCAGACGUUAUGCCAAGCGUUGGUACCGAGUUCCGUGUAGGCCUACAUGCAAAACCUAAAGCAGCAUCACCAUUAAAAACGAGAAUGUUGUGUACAUCUUAUGACCAAAUACAUCUCGGAGUCAAAGACGAAGCUGAUAUCCUAGUUGUUAGCGACUUCCUGACUAUUUUGUAGUCAUUGUUUUGAUAUUUUCAAACAGGUGCCUUAGAAAUAUAGUGUUACAUGUUAACAAGUAAGUUAGUUGACAAUGUUAGUUAUCAUAAUUGUUUUUAUAUCAUUUUUUAUGUUAAUGUUUUUCCUUUUUUUAAAUAUAGUUUAGGCUUUGUUCUUGGCAUUUUUGUAAUGUUUUUAACAACGUUUGGCUGUAAUAAACCGUCCUACGUCAA